UUUUCAUUAGGGACACACUGGCAAACAGCUGUUCGCAUCGGCAUUUCAUUGUAACGACUACGCGAUUUGUGAAAUUACUCCAUAAACAAUGUCGGUUAUAUUAAGACGGAAUCUGCAGGUGCCGCAGUUAUUGAAGCAGCUAAGCUACAGUAGCAGUGCCAAAUCAAGCGGCGAUGCAACUGCCACAGUAAAAACUGUGCCUAAAAAUUUGCUCGAGGAUAAGCAAACGGCAAAUUUGCAAAAAGAGAAUGGCGCCAUAUUUGACAAGCGGCCAUUUAAGCUCCAUCUGGACAAAGAUAAAACCUACAGCUGGUGUUUGUGUGGCAAGUCCAAGUCGCAGCCACUGUGCGAUGGCAUGCACAAAAACGAAUUCCUCAAGAUAAAGCUAAGGCCUAUUCGCUUUAAGGUGGAAAAGACCGGCGAUUAUUGGCUGUGCAACUGCAAACAGACGACGCAUCGUCCCUUCUGCGAUGGCACCCACAAGCAGCCGGAAAUUCAGGCAGCCGUUAAAUAAUUCUCACUUUAGCUGUUAUUAAACUAAAAGGCAUUUUUUGUAAAUUUAUGUAUUUUUAUGAAGAAAUGAAAGAAAUGCAUGAAGAAGCAACAAAUUUUUUGAAUCAAGCAACACAUUUUUGUUUCGUUUUUAUUAUUAUCUAGAUUCUUGAUUAUAUAGAACGUUAUUUUUAUACACGUACACAAUUCAUUUGAAAUGCUUAUGAUUUAUGUAGUAGGCCCAAUAAUAAUAUACAUUAAAUGUAUUACUCUUUUUAUAUCAAUUGCACUUUGCAAUUUCACAAGCAUCAACAAAAUAUUUACAGCGUUUUGCAAAAUUAUUAAUAAAAAGAAAUUAAAAAUGUGUGAUCCAACCCAACAAAUAAAUAAUAAACGAAAGUUAAUUGGUUUAGAAAUUAGAAAGUUGCGUUUGUUUUUAUUUAAAUUUUUUAACGUUCAGAUUGUUUUUUUUUACACAUAAAUAUAGAACUAAAAAGAAUUGAGAGCAAAAAUGGCUUAAAUACUACUAUCUUCAUAAUAUAAUGCUCGUUUGCAUUUGUUUUGUUUGCUUUUUGUUAAUGAAAUUGAAAGAAAUUCAAAAGAAAUCAAAUAGUAUUAUUAUAUUAUGAAUGCAAAUGCCAUAUUAUAUCAUAUCUCAUCCGAUCCUAUCUCAUCUCAGCAUUCCCCAUGCAUCAUCACUACGAGUACUUCACAAUGUGUACACAACUUUCGGGACUGUUUACCACAUAUAACAACACUCAAAACGAUUACGAGGAUUGAAUUGUUAUUUAAAAUUAUUAAAUUCAUAUUUUUUUGUGUUUGCUUUUCUACAUCAAUCGUACAAUAUACGAUACAGGGAUAAACUAAUUUAUAAACGUCUCAUCAUAUAAACAAUUUCUCUCUCAGAGUACUAGCAUUUGUGUUCUUGUUUGCUUUCUUUUUAUUACGUUUACCCACACAACAAAUGAAUUUAGAUACAAAAUGUCAAAAAGAAAAUUAUGAAAAUUUUACCUUUUGUCUUUCGAACUAAACAGCAAAAACAGCAAGCGAAUGAACAUGAAUUUCUAAAGACAUUAAUCGUCUGUGCUUAUUACUUGUGAAUAUUGUAUUAUAAUUA